AUGCCAAAAUCGAAAGCCUACUCUAACCCGCUACCCUCGAUCGCCGAUGAACAACGUUACGGUACCAAGUGUCACGAGCUACGGGCUAAGAUACGGGAGAUCGAACGGGAAAACCAAAACAUUCAGCUAAAAAUCCUGCAAUCCAAGAAGAACGUGUCACGCUUGCGGAUCGAGCGAGCUGUGCUCUACGAGGCGUUGGCAACGGUCAGCGCAAGUGCAUUCAAGGCAAAGGGCAUAAUCGUCCCUCCUGAAGCUCAACCAUCUACCUGCAAUGCUCCACUGUCUGCCUUAAAUCCGACCCCGGCACCUUCGAUCCCAUCGCCUCAUAAUGGAUAUCAUCCUCAGAGCAUCCCGCCUCCUAGUAGGGCCUACAACGAUCCUCCGCAAGCCGCGAAUAAUCACGGACAAGUACCCAAUCGAAGCUUUAACAGGUCAACGGAACCGGUCCCAAUCAACGGGAUCACCGGAUUGCUGAAUUCGAAUGUUAAUAACACCAAUUCUCACCACGGACCACCUCCACCGAUCCCUCACAGUCAAUAUCCUCAGAACCUACCUGCCCAAACUCAGGUCCCAUCCCAUAAUAAUUCCAGGAUGACUACCACCAACGCCCAUCAGCUUGCGCCGAUCUCUGCCGACCCGGCGGCCAGCGCCCGAUUCUCUUCGGCCUCCGACAGUCCCACCGCACCGAACAACCAUUUCCAACAACAACACCAACUUGGUGCUCGCUCGAUGCCUCAUGCUCGCUCAAACCCAGCCUCGGCCGCCGUCCUUCCCAGCCUACACCCUCAUCCGCCGACCUCUCAGCCGCUUUUGAACGGCAACGGCCCCGCACCCCGUGUCGAGGGGCGUGUCGAUGAUGAGAUGGAGAUCGACGCCGAAUGCGAAGAUGAAGAAUGA